AUGGAAUCUAACUGCGCACUUGGAUCAAGAGUGCCAAAUAUACCCUCCGAUCCAGUUCCACUUCAUUGCAAUAUAAUGCUUUCUCGUCCCGAGCCGGAUGCAUUAGAAUGUAUGCCAUUCAAUCUAUCUGUCAAUGAAAGUGAAUUGAACUGCCUGAGCAGUUCCAAAGUAACAGAUGCAACAGAUGCAUGCCCAGAUCAGAUGUUCUCUGACUCUUCGCUACGAGAUCAGGCAAAAUGUCUCCAGGAUAACCAACCCUCUUGUAUAAUGCAAGCGAACGUUAAUAACAACCAACAGAUCCUCAAUCUGUUGACCCAUGAUUUCCUCUGGGCUCCUUUUACAGAUGCUAUGGCUAGGCGCCAGUUUACCCUACCUCUGACGCAAGCCGUUGUCAAAGAAGGAUGGUUGAUGAAACGUGGAGAGCAUAUUAAGAAUUGGAGACGUCGUUAUUUCAUUCUAAGAGAAGACGGAACAUUUUAUGGUUAUAAGAGUAUGCCUAAGGAUGAUAUGGCUCAGCCUCUCAAUAACUUUACGGUCAGAGAUUGCCAACUUAUCGUGCUUAACAAGCCCAAACCAUUCACUUUUCUAAUUCGAGGUCUGCAGUGGACUAAUAUAGUAGAGCGACUCUUUUUCGUUGAAACAGAGGUAGAGCGGAAACACUGGGCAGAGGCUAUAAUUUUAGUCGCAAACAAACUUAAACAUGUUUCUGAAGCACAAACUCCGUUGAUAGAAGUAAAAUUAGAUGAGAAUGUUGAAUUGGAUUUACCUCAAACGUGA